AUGGCAGACACUACUUUCCAGCAGAGUUUGGAAUUUAUCACGGCUGAACACAUCAAAGCCCUGCCAUCUGCAUUGCCAGCCAGUUGUAUGGACAGGGUUCCCAAAACCAAGAAGUACGAGACCAUGAUCUUGAAGUUCGCAGAUGUGCUCAGCACAGCAGAGUUUCAGAUGAGAAAAGCUGGCCAAGAACUGCGGGCUUGGGUUACAGAGUCACGUGAACAGAUGCCUCCACUGGAAGUCCGUCAUUGUGCUUUCUUCCCCCGGCACCCAAGUCUGCAUUCCACGGAGCCGUUGCUGCCAUUGCAGGCAUCAGAUACAGCCGAAGACCUCAAGGACGCUCCCAAGCAAACCGUGGGUCUGGAGCCCGCCAUGUCCACUCUGAGAAUCAGCAAAACCAAGUUUUCAGUGCCAAAGGCAACAAGAAGGAAACGCGAGGAGGAGGCCAGGACUGCUCAGGCCGAAACGGAGGCCAGCUUCAAGUCCACAAUGGUGGGUUUUUUGAUGAAAGAGCAGGACUUUGACUUGGCCCAGGCAUCUCAAGUUGCCAGUGUGGCAUGGCAGAGGAAGCUCGCGACCGAGAAAAAGCCCAAGGCUAAGGCGAAGCGACCUUCGGCUCCGGAGGCUGCGCCUUAA